AUGACCGCGCUGUGUCGCACUUGUGGCCAGGGGGCGGAGCAUGCCAAGACGCUCUUCGACAAGGAAGGGAGCGACGUUCUGUACAACAUUCUCAAGCUGACUGGGCUUUUGUUAUGUGAGAAGCCUGGCUUACCAUCAAGGAUCUGUUUGUCCUGCCUGCUAGACCUGAACGAAGCCAUUGCCUUCCGGGAGCGCUGUAUCAAAAUCAACAACUCUUGGUUCGAGGAUCAAGACCAAGAAAAGGAUUUGGGCGUUCCAAAGGAGGAAGUCGUUUGCCAAGAGGAGUUUAGAGUGGAAGUUGUGCUCAGAAAUAUUCCACCUCCCCGGACCAGGAUACCGGAUGAGACUCCGUCUAAGGCUAUUGAUGUUUCUGAGACUGUUAACGACGCGCCUUCUCCCUAUCUUGUAGAUCCCCUGAGGUGCGAGGACAUUAUCCAUGUGAAAAACGAGCCCCUGCUUUCAGAUGAGGAACCCGAAGAAUCAGGAAACCAAACAAUCAUAGAAGAGGUAUUCAAAAACCAAUAUGUCUUAGAAAGGGAACGCAGAAACCAUGAAAUCAUGGAAGGAGUACCAUCUUGCAAACGAAAAAAUCGAGAAAGACUUCUUAAGACAAGUCGGGCAAAGUCAAAACAGUGCUUAAAAAAGAAAACGAAUGAGGAAAAUGUCGAGACUCCAGUCAAAAGGAGUAAGACCAAAGAAGAAAAAUAUGCCACCCGAAAUAAGUGGGCGGCGCUGAAAAGAGCUCAUGCAAAAGAGCAGAGACUCUAUUUCUGCGAUCAAUGCGGAAAAACCUUCAGCGAAAAGGGCAACUUCAAUGUCCACCUCACGCGUCACAAGGGCACGAAAGAGUUCCAGUGCAAGGAGUGCGAUCGCAAGGAGUUCACCCAACAUUUGCUCAAUUUGCAUGUGCGUGUAAAGCACCGUGGCGAAUUGCCCUAUGUCUGCAAGUUUUGUGGCCAGCGGUUUGACAACUGCCUCAAGCGGCUGUUCCACGAACGGAAACACAAGGAAAGCCCCGACCAAAGACCUCAUGUUUGCCCCAUCUGCAAGAAGGCCUUCAAGACAAGGGAUGUUCUCAAAAAACACGGCGUAGUUCACACAGGCGAACAGCCAUUCCAUUGCGAGCUCUGCCAGACGCACUUCAAUCGAAGGAACAGCCUGGUUACCCACUUUAAAUCCAAGCAGCAUCAGAAGAAAGUCGAGGAGCAGGCGAAGAAACAGGAUGUCGGGGACAAAACUGUGCUGGAUGUUGAGUAGAACAUUGUUUCCAUUUUAAUUUAACAAAGGGUCUGAAAAAUUAUGAAAAAUUUGGUAUUUAAUUUAAAAGCAACUUUCUUCAAUUUAUUUUGAGCGUUUCCCACCAUUGAUACCGAAAAUUGAAAUGCACACUGGUGAUACUAUAACUUAUCAAAUAAGAUAGUAAGCUUAAAAAAUAAAGUACCUACCAUUUUAUAAGUGUAAUUAAAGAUUACUGUACACAU